AUGUUUGUCACUCUUUUAGGCUUGUGUAUAGCCACGCUGGCCACUCCCUCGAUGGCACGCAUUGCUCCACGUGCUAGCACCUAUCCGGCCCCGGGCCCUUGUAUGGGAGACUGCUGGACACAUGAUCCGUCCAUGAUCCAACGCAAUGUCGACAUGAUGUACUUUCGCUUCUCGACCGGGGCGGGCGUUAACACCAUGGUUUCGCCUGAUCUCGAGGGUCCAUGGGUGGAUUUGGGUCCAGCGCUACCAAAGGGUUCAAUUAUCCAACUGGACGGUGUCGACGACAUGGAUAUUUGGGCUCCUGAUCUACACUAUGCGGAUGAUACCUAUUAUAUGUAUUACGUGGUAUCCAAACUCGGCACGCAGACCUCUGAAAUUGGCGUGGCGACCUCCAAGACUAUGGACCCGGGCUCAUGGACGGACCACGGCGUAAUUGGCCUUCCUCCAAAUAGCGCCUACAACCGCAUCGACCCCAAUUGGAUCACCAUUGACGGCAAGCAGUAUCUGCAAUUUGGCUCUUACUGGGAAGACCUCUUCCAGGUCGAGCUGGAAAGCCCACUGCAGGUCAGCUCUGAGAGUCCGCACCAGUUGGCUUACAAUGCCAGCCUGAAUCACCGCGAGGAGGCCUCUACCAUGUUCCAGCACGGCGAUUACUACUAUCUCCUGUUUAGCGGCGGUAUUGCAGGGUCGUAUACGGCGGAUUAUCCAGCUCCAGGCGAGGAAUACCGAAUUCAUAUGUGUCGUUCGACGAGUGGGACUGGGGACUUUGUUGACAAGGCUGGUGUUUCGUGCUUGGAUUCCGGCGGUACUAUUUUAUUAGAGAGCCAUGACCAGAUCUAUGCUCCCGGUGGACAGGGUGUCCUUAAUGAUGAGGACAAUGGCCUCAUCCUGUACUAUCAGUACUAUCCGCUGAGUCUGAAGGAGGCUGGCGGUGCUGGCACGGCUGGCUUCCUGUACGGGUGGAACAAGCUGGGCUGGGAGGAUGACUGGCCGUACGUGAUGGCCACAGACGGCUACUAA